GAUUGAAAAGUCAUACCAGAAACUGAACAAAUUAUUCCUUUUAAUAUAGUCAAUCAAGUUGCAAGUUGUUGAUUUUAAUCCACAGAGGAACCCAAAAAGAAAACUGUCGUAGCUUUCAGAUACAGGGCAAUGCCUCACGGAAAAGUUGGCUCUUAAUUUUUAAGAGGCAAAAUAAGCUUUGGUGGCAGCUAAACUAUUCCAACUCUGGAAAUGGUGGUUGAAUGUUCAAAAUGGUUUUGCAGAGGGAGAUAUUUAUGAAUUUUUCUUCUUUUCUCAAGAGGAUUUGAAGAAGAGCUCAAAGUUUGAGUCUUGACCCUUAAACAACUGAGGAUUCAGUGUAACAGAGGAGUGGCAGAGUAAUGGAUGGAAGUGAAAUUAUGGAAGCACAUGGCAGUGUCGCAUUGGAGGCGGCACCUUCCCCUCUUUCAAUUGUUGCCAUUGCUAUUAAUGGGAACAGAAAGAGCAAAUACAUUGUUAGAUGGGCUCUGGAGAAGUUUGUUCCAGAGGGAAAUGUUUUCUUCAAGUUGAUACAUGUGCGCCCAAGGAUUACUGGAGUUCCAACACCAAUGGGAAAUCUGAUUCCAUUGUCACAAGUACGAGAAGAUGUAGUAGCUGCAUAUAGAAAGGAAAUUGAGUGGCAGGCAAGUGAGUUGCUUCUUCCAUUCAAGAAAAUGUGUGCUCAAAAGAAGGUGCAAGUAGAUGUUGUAGUCAUUGAAUCAGACGACGUGGCAAAUGCAAUAGCAGAGGAGAUUGCUAAGUCUGCUAUAAGCAAUCUUGUCUUAGGUGCCCCAUCUCGUGGCAUGUUUAAAAGGAAACAGAAGGGACUGUCCUCAAAAAUCUCAGCUUGCAGCCCAAGAUUUUGCACCAUAUAUGCUGUUUCAAAAGGAAAAUUGUCAUCAGUACGCGCAUCUGAUUCCGAGUCAGUUGCAAGCAUUAGAGAUGACAAUAGUGACACAUGUUCUAUCAACAGUUCUUCAAGUUAUGCGUCCGGCUCACAGACAGGCACAGAUCGUGGCUCGGUUGGUUCAUACUCCCAUUUUCGUUCUCCUUCCCUUCCAAUGCAGCGAUUUCAAGCUCUUACAACUAUCAACCAGACCCUUCUUAGUACAAAGACAAAUUCCAAUGAAACCAUUCAUUCUAGAUGCCAAUCUCAGGAUCUUGGGGAAGGGAAGGAUGGUAUGAGUUCUUGUCCCAGCAACUCAGAUGUUGUGCAUACACCGAGUCAGCCCUCUAGUAGUGGAAGCUUCCUAACAGAUAAUCGGUCAUGGACUUCUGAUCAAGUGUCCACCUCAGACGUGGUUACAGAUUAUUCAUCUGAGAGCCAGGCAAAUAUCAACUUGGAGCUAGAAAAGCUGAGAAUUGAACUCAGACAUGUCAAAGGAAUGUAUGCAAUGGCUCAAAGUGAGACUAUUGAUGCUUCUAGGAAGAUAAACAAUUUAAAUAAACGCCGAUCAGAGGAAGCAAUAAGGCUCAAGGAGAUAAAUUCAAUGGAGGAGAAAGCCAAAGUAUUUGCAACACAAGAGAAGGAGAAGUAUGAAACUGCUAAGAUAGAGGCUGAGUAUAUGAGAGAAUGUGUUGAAAGAGAAGUUUCGCAAAGGAGAGAAGCAGAGAUGAAAGCCAUGCAUGAUGCCAAGGAGAAAGAAAAGCUUGAAAGUGUACUUGUAGGUCCUGUGCAGCAAUACCAGAAGUUCAUGUGGGAUGAGAUUGUUACUGCCACCUCAUCUUUCUCUGAAGAUCUUCGGAUUGGAAUGGGUGCGUACGGAACUGUCUAUAAGUGUAGUUUUCAUCAUACAACUGCAGCAGUGAAAGUUCUUCACUCUAAAGAGAAUCGCCAAACUAAGCAAUUCCAGCAGGAGCUUGAGAUCCUGAGCAAAAUCCGCCAUCCCCACUUGCUUCUCCUUCUUGGUGCAUGUCCUGAACACAGUUGCCUAGUGUAUGAGUACAUGGAGAACGGUAGCCUGGAGGACAGGUUGCUCCAGAAAAACAGUACACCUCCUAUUCCUUGGUUUGACAGGUUCCGAAUUGCUUGGGAAGUAGCCUCAACUCUCAUCUUUCUUCACAGCUCAAAGCCAAAACCAAUCAUCCAUCGUGAUCUGAAACCAGCAAACAUCUUGCUUGAUCAUAACCUUGUGAGCAAGAUUGGUGAUGUUGGUCUUUCUACAAUGCUUAACUUAGACCCUUCUAUGUCCAGUAUAUACAAUGACACAGGGCCUGUUGGGACUCUCUCUUACAUAGACCCGGAGUAUCAAAGGACUGGGAUUAUCUCUCCACAAUCUGAUGUUUAUGCUUUUGGAAUGGUGAUCUUGCAGUUGCUGACUGCAAAACCAGCAAGAGCUUUAACCCAUCUGGUGGAAACAGCUAUUAGUAAUAGAAAUUUAAUGGAUGUUUUGGAUCCUAAAGCUGGGGUUUGGCCAAUGGAAGAGACGAGGCAGUUGGCUGAAUUGGGAUUGAGUUGUGCAGAGCUUCGACGCAGAGACAGACCUGACUUGAAAGAGCAAGUAGUUCCUCUGCUGGAGAGACUGAAAAAGGUUGCUGAUAAAGCAAGUGAUUCAGCUUCCACAGUUCAGUGUCGCCUACCUCCUAACCACUUCAUCUGUCCAAUUCUUAAGGAUGUAAUGCAGGAACCUCGUGUGGCUGCGGAUGGUUACACUUAUGAUCGCAAAUCAAUAGAGACAUGGAUUCAAGAGAACGAUAAGUCGCCGAUGACGAAUUUGCCAUUGCCAAAUAAGAAUCUAAUACCAAAUUAUACUCUUCUUUCUGCCAUUAUGGAGUGGAAGUCCAGGGGACAAUAGCAUCUACUUUUGUUGAUUGUUAUUAUUAAGGUUAACAAUGAUGGGUUAGUUUAUUUGACCCCUUGCUCUUGCUGUAAAGCGUAGUGAGGCAUAGGUUAGCGUUUUAGAGUUGAAUUUGUCGCCGGUUUUGUUGUAGGAGUAAAGAAAAGGAUUUCUAA